AAAGAGUUGCAGUUUAGAAAGUCUUCGAGUUUGAAGCUUGAGCUGUGACGCCUUCUAGGUACUAACGACGAGAUGGUGGGGUGAUUGGUGUGGGGAUAGUUUUAAGACGAGGGGCCUUGUUCCAAAAUCUUCAGGUCGAAAGAAUUCGAAUAAAGAAUUUCUCACCUUCCCAUCCUGCCAUUUAAUAUAUAUGCAAACCGCCACAGAGCUCUGCAUACGAGAGCGGCAGGGCAGUGAACGGUGUAGUUCACUUCACGUGUUUGUUUGUUGUGCGUACCUGAGCUGUCAUAGGUGCAAUCCGAGAUGCCUAGGUAGAUGCCAUUUCGGGAUAGUCGGGCUGGGGCUGGGGUUGACUGAGCUUGUAGGUAGUGGUUCUUCGCAUCGCGGGGAAUCCCUGCAUUAUGCUCAGUCGGGUGGCUGCUCCGUAGCGGUUCGUUGUGCUAGACUACAACGAGUAUCUGACAGUGGGAUUGGCGGAGAGUUGCAAGCUCCGAGGUGUUUGCAUGAUAGGUAGGUAUUGAGGUUGUCGUUUGCAUGUGCUGAAUCCAAGAUCUGGGCAUUGGAGGCUGUGGAAAUGCUGAUUUCGUAUACGUAGGCAGACAUCGUACACUUCGGAUUUCCUUGGACGACGGGAUGCCGGGC